AUGAAUAUUCCUUCAAAUAAAGAUGAACAAAAUGAAACUAUUAAAAAGACAAAAGUGUAUAAUUUGGACUGUAUCAGCUGUGACUCGAACCUAUGUUGGAGAGGGAUACCAGCUCCAGUGUUUACAGAAAAGAGAACAAGACUAUUUUCAACAGACAGCCCAUUAAUGGAGAGUGUAGAUUUAGUGCCAGGGUCUGAGACUAUGGAUAGAUGUUCCUGUAGAUUACAGAGCAUAGCCUGUCUUCAUUGUGGUAAUGUUGUAGGAUACCAUGUCAAAAGACCCUGUAGAAAAUGUCUCGUGAAAUGUAAAAAUAAACAUUUAUGGGUAUUUUACCCGGAUUCUGUAACUGCCAUGGAAAGAUUUGAUUUUAAAAGUAAGUUUGAGGCAACAUGGUUUUUUAAAACAUAUUGA